CCUGGAUACACAUACGUAUGUUUCGCGUCACAUCGCACACGAGGACGCAUGAAGCGACGAGGAUGAGAUGGCGGCCACGACCUUGAUGUUCAUCGUUCUGCUUCGCAAGAUCCUUCCCAAUUGCUUCGCACUUUCACACAGUGCGCAUCUCUAGGCCCAAACGACCGAGCAGUCGUAGGGAGGGGCGAUAGAACCAUGGCGCGCCCGCCAGAUCAACGACAGAAAUUGGAUCGGACGCAUUACUCGGCGCUCCUGCUCGGCACCGACCUGCCGACGUCCAUCCUCAGCGCAGCACUUGCACGCUCAGGGCGAGACGUGCUGCAUAUUGAUCCGAACGACUACUAUGGUGGUGAAUGGGCAGGUCUGACACUCAGCCAACUCGUAGAAUGGGGCAGACGCAGAGCCGAGAAGCAUGCCAAAGGGAAACAGAAGGCAUGUGAUGCCGUGUACAUCGACUUCCCGUAUUCUACAGCGAGCGCGACGCAAGACCGACAAAACCAGCUCCCGGAGGACUUGUUAAAGCUGGACAGGCACUAUAGUCUGGCUGUCACCCCGACACUGCUUGCUAGUCAAGGCCCAUCCAUCGAUGCACUGAUCCGUAGCAAGGUAUCCUCCUAUGCGACCUUCCGACUGCUCGAAGAGACCGCUAUUUUCGUGCCUCGCUCAGCUCAAGAUGGAGAGAUCGAAACCGGUGUGGCUUACGGCUUACAGCAUGUUCCAAGCAGCAAAGAAGACAUUUUCAAGGACAGAAGCCUUUCGCUUAUCGAGAAACGAAAACUGAUGAAGUUCCUCCAGUCGGUCAUGGAACUUGAAAAGGAAGCGCAGAACCAAGUCGCUGCAAUAAUCCAACCGGCUAAUCCGCAAGACUUAGCGCUGCCGUACGACGAAUACCUUAAGGCGCGAUUCGGGCUCUCUGCAAACCUCAUUCAUGCCUUGGCAUAUGGCAUAUCGAUGCUUCCCGCCGCUCCAUCUGGACUCUCCUCCCGCCCACCCAUCACCGCCCGCCCUGCACUCGAUCGUGCACGACGCCACUUGGGCAGCAUUGGUCGAUAUGGGAAUUCGGCGUACCUCGUUGGGCAAUAUGGCGGUGCUGGCGAGCUGGCGCAAGGAUACUGUCGGGCAAGUGCGGUGCACGGCUCGACAUUCAUGCUCGACGUGACCGUGGAAAAUCUGAGCCGACAGCAUCAGCCACCAGAUCAUCCAAUUGAAGGCGCACGGCCAUGUUGGGGGAUCGAGGUGGAUGUGGUGGAAGGGCCUGUCUCCGCAGACUGGGUUGUGGCCUCACAGGAGCUGCACCAUCGGAUGCGAGAAGACGGGGUAGACCAGGACGACAGUGUCGCUGGUAGCCGCAUCGCACGCGGCAUCGUCAUUUUGGAUCGGAGCAUUCCUUUCAGGAAGCCUGCUGCUUCCAGCAAGGAACAAUCACCUCAGCAGUACGCAGAGUCUUCCUCAGCUACAGACAGCACGGCAUCGACCAGCUUGUCUGCAAAUGAUAAGCCGGCCGCCAUCGAGACAGGCUUGCUCGUCUUUCCACCCGGAUCCGUAGAAAAUGGCUCGUCUUCACAGGCAGUGCAGGUAUUGAUGAUGGGUGAAGGCACCUUCAGUUGUCCGAAGGGGCAAUACGUCUAUUAUCUCAAUAUGGAGUUGCCUCCGGACUCUGAGGGACCAAGCAUCUCUCCUCGCCAGCACCUCGAGCCGUACGUACAACAACUUCUGCGGAUGGCCCGUGCUAGCUCGGAAGCCGAAUGGACGCCGAGCAUCGAGAAAUCGCAAAACCAAGGAGAGUGCCAUCCACUUUUCAGCAUGUUCUACAGCCAAAAAAGCAUAUCGCAUCAGCCGCCUGCGCACGAUUUGGCAAAUGAGAAUUCCGAACAUCGCAUCAAGGUUGACUUUCCCCCGCCUGCUCCUUCGAGUAUCGCACCAGAGUACGACCUCCCACCCUCCUUGGCGGACUACACAGACCGUGCGACGAUGCAAGCCGAAUCGAUCUUCUGGCGGAUCGUCGCUGGCAGCGCUCGCGACACGGAUCGUCCACCAGAAACGCAGACCCCCGAGGCAUUCAAGCGACGCGCAGCUGAAAAGGAUCGGCGGCGGAGGAAACGGCGAAGCCCUGAGGACUUCCAGGGCCGGGCCGGCGCGUUCCCGCAUGAAGAGAACAGCGAACAGGUAGAGGGCGGCGACAUCGAAGGCUACGCGUGGGACGAUGUCGUGGAGUUCUUUGAGCCCCCAGAAGCGCACUCUUUAGAAGAUGAGUAAGUUAUCUUGGGUGGACUGGUGAAGGAAGGGGGAUGUGUAUUGCUACUGCCCUCUCUUCCACAAAUACACGGUUGAGCGAUGAAAAACGCUCUU